CAAACCCGCGCCCUUCCCCAGUCUAUUUCAUACACCCUCCCCCAUCCAAACAAAAUCCCCUUCAAUUAAUUUAAACUAAUUACUAUUUCUUUUUAUAUUUUUAUUCAACUAAACUAUUUAACCACCCACCCGUCCGGUCCGGUGACCUCCAUAUUUAAAAGUCGUUUCCCCAUUGAGUCCUCUCUUCUCCAGUCGCCGCGUGUCACCAUCGUCAGCGGACGACAUAGCUAAUAGAAGAACACCACCACCACCACCACCACCACCACCACCUUCUUCUUCCUCUUCCAUUUCAUUCAUUUUCUUCUCCGAUUUCAUUCAUUUUCUUCUCCGAUUUCAUUCAUUUUCUUCUCCGAUUUCAUUCAUUUUCAACCAACAACCUAUUAGAUUUUUCCUUUUCCUCUUCAUCAAUUUUCUUUCCCGUUUCUAUUAAUUGAAAUCCGUUUUCCCCUACUUUUCGCUUUUCAUUUCUCUAUCCACGGCCGUCCCUUCGUUGUUGUUAUAAAUAAAUCCAUCUAUUACUCCAAACCGACUUCUUCCCCCCUAAUCUUCCUUUUCAAUUCCAUUUCCUUUCCAUUUCCAUUUCCAUCAAUGAAACCUCCCCCCGAUUCCCACCACCUCACUUUCACUUCCGCCCCCAUCUCUUCAUCUUCACAUCCUUCUCUUUGAUUCUUCCUUUCUUUUUCCCUUUUCUUUUCUUUUCUUUUUCUUUUCUUUUCUCUUCAAUUCCCUCCCUAUGCAUUCUUUCUGCUGUGUUUCUACUCUCUCCGAUAACUCCCCUUCUAAGCAACCCCCCUAUUCGAUGCCUGACCUUCAUAUUUCCCCACCCUCUCCUUCUCUCUCUCUUGCCUCCAGAUCCGAUCCCACCAUUCGAAUUUCCAGUCAUGCUCAUAAUCGGAGUCUUAGUAGUAGCGAUGUUGGACGUCUUAGCCAACGGAGUAUUUUUGCUGCUGAGAUGGUUGCACGCCAUUCCUCUGCUAGGGAGCCUCCGGUUGACGUCAAGAUCAAUGAUAUUGUUGGCAAUGGUAUUUGUGGUAUUCUCUAUAAGUGGGUCAACUACGGCAAAGGUUGGCGUCCUCGUUGGUUUGUGCUUCAGGAUGGCGUUUUGUCUUACUAUAAGAUUCAUGGACGUGAUAAGAUCGUUGUCAAUCAGGAAACAGAGAAGGGAUCCAAGGUCAUCGGCGAGGUCUCCAUGCGGAGGAUUUCCAGGCAUAAGAACGGCUUCUCUAAUCAGACUCCUCAGCUCCCACUCAGGCGCAAGCCAUUUGGGGAAGUUCAUCUCAAGGUUUCGUCUGUUCGAGAAAGCCGAUCAGAUGAUAAGAGGUUUUCCAUCUUCACUGGGACAAAGAGACUUCACUUGCGGGCAGAGACCCGCGAGGAUCGGGUGGCAUGGAUGGAAGCAUUGCGGGCAGUGAAAGAAUUAUUCCCAAGGAUGUCUAACAGUGAGCUCAUGGCGCCUAUGGAUUUCCUAUCUGUGUCAACUGACAGGAUUAGACAGCGGCUUCUUGAAGAAGGUGUAAGUGAAACAGCCAUUCAGGACACUGAAAAUAUUAUGAAGACUGAAUUUGCUGCGUUGCAAAACCAGCUUUUGCUGCUCAAGCAGAAGCAGUGGCAACUUAUUGACACACUGCGGCACUUAGAGACAGAAAAGGUUGACUUGGAGAAUACAGUAGUUGAUGAGAGCCAGAGACAGUCAAAUGAGCCUGGGGCCUUGCCUGGUCUGCUGGAAAAGUUUAGUGAUGCAAGUGCAAGUGCGACUGAAUCUGAUGAUGAUAAUGAUAGAGUCGAUGCUGCCGAGGAAGAAACAGAUGAGGAAGAAAACACCUUUUUUGACACUCGAGAUUUUUUAUCAUCAAGUUCAUUCAAAAGUAAUGGAUCUGAUUACAGGAUAUCAUCUUUCUCUUCUGAUGAUGAAGGCCUUUGUACAGUUGACUCUGAGGAAGAUGUGGAUCCAUCAAUUAGAUCUGUUGGAAUGAAUUAUCCCUAUGUUAAACGGCGCAAGAAAUUACCUGAUCCAGUUGAAAAGGAGAAGGGAGUUAGUCUUUGGUCAAUGAUUAAAGACAACAUUGGAAAAGAUCUCACUAAAAUUUGUCUUCCUGUCUUCUUCAAUGAGCCUCUUUCUUCUCUGCAAAAGUGUUUUGAAGAUUUAGAAUAUUCAUACCUCAUUGAUCGGGCAUAUGAAUGGGGGAGAAGGGGUGACAGUCUCAUGAGGAUUCUUAAUGUAGCUGCAUUUGCUGUAUCUGGGUAUGCUUCAACUGAAGGAAGAAGUUGUAAACCAUUUAACCCACUGUUGGGGGAAACUUAUGAGGCUGACUUUCCAGAUAAAGGUCUCAAGUUUUUCUCAGAGAAGGUUAGCCAUCAUCCAAUGGUAGUUGCAUGCCAUUGCGAGGGUAAAGGGUGGAGAUUUUGGGGUGAUAGCAAUUUGAAGAGCAAAUUUUGGGGUCGGUCCAUUCAGCUUGAUCCUGUUGGUCUAUUGACAUUAGAAUUUGAUGAUGGAGAAGUCUAUCAAUGGAGUAAGGUGACAACGUCUAUUUACAACCUGAUAUUGGGAAAGCUAUACUGUGAUCAUUAUGGUACAAUGCGCAUACAGGGAAAUCGUGAAUAUUCGUGCAAACUAAAAUUCAAGGAGCAGUCCAUUAUUGAUAGGAAUCCACACCAGGUACAGGGUAUAGUUCAAGAUAGAUCUGGAAGGACAGUGGCUACAUUAUUUGGAAAAUGGGAUGAAAGUAUGCAUUAUAUGAAUGGGGACUGUCCCCAUAAGGGAAAAGGAUUGGAUUCUUUAUCUGAAUCCCACCUACUCUGGAAACGAAGCAAGCCACCAAAAUUUUCUACUAGAUAUAACUUCACGCGCUUUGCUAUAACUUUGAAUGAGCUGACACCAGGCUUGAAGGAAAACUUGCCUCCUACAGAUUCGAGGCUCAGACCUGAUCAAAGGUAUUUAGAAAAUGGAGAGUAUGAAAUGGCUAACUCAGAAAAGUUGCGAUUGGAGCAACGCCAACGUCAGGCUAGGAAGAUGCAAGAAAGAGGGUGGAAACCAAGGUGGUUUGCCAAAGAUAAGGGAAGUGAUGCCUAUCGUUACAUUGGUGGGUACUGGGAAGCCAGAGAGCAGGGAAAAUGGGACUCAUGCCCUGAUAUAUUCGGUCAGAUCCCUACUGAUCCCCAACUCGAGUGAGUUGAACAGUUUUAAAUUUUUGUUGUUUUUUUUUUCUUUCUUUUUUAAAAUUCUUUUUUCACAUAUUUUACCGGAUGAGUAGCCAAUAUAGCUUGCUCAUUUGAGUGGUUUAUAUAGUAUAGCAAGUGCCACUUCUCAAUGUGGUUGCAAAGUAUAAAUUAGAUUGAAAAUGCUGGCCAGUAAAAAAAUGACAUUAGAAAAAGAAAAAGAAAGAGAAAAGAAAAAAAAAAAAGAGUGAAAAAACAGACAUAGCUACUCAAACCAAUCUGGCCAGCAUUUCAUGUGUUUCUUUUUUAGAUAAUUUUACCUUUGUAUUAGGUUGAAACAUAUCUCUUUCACAGCCAAGUGUUAAUGAAAGCAUUUGUAGAAAUAUAUACAUAAUCCUAAAAAUGACUAUAAUCAACAUCUUGCUGAUUUCUCCCAGCAGGUUUCUGUA